CUCCUCCCCAGGGGCCGCGGCGCAGCUUGGCGGAGGCGGCGCCCUCGCAGCCUGGAGAGAGCGUCUCUUCGGAGCGGCGGCCUUCCAGACCCGCCCGCGGCGCGUCCUCCUCAGCCCCGGUGCUGCCGGCCGCGGCGCCUGCACCCUCUCGAAGCGCUCGCUCGCGCGUCCUUCUUGCCCGCGUCCGGCUGCGCCAUGGCGUUGGCGUUGGCCGCCUUGGCGGCUGUGGAGCCGGCUAGUGGCAGCCGGUACCAGCAGGUGUUCCAGAGGCUGGGGCAAGAGGAUCACUGUGAGUUUGAGGCCAACCUGGGCUACACGUUGCAGAGUGAAGAAGAGGCUGGGGAACCCGCGCAGGCUGCCGGUGAUGCUCCUCCGCCUUACAGCAGCAUCUCUGCGGAGAGCGCAGCAUAUUUUGACUACAAAGAUGAGUCUGGGUUUCCAAAGCCUCCCUCUUACAAUGUGGCUACGACACUGCCCAGUUACGAUGAAGCUGAGAGAACCAAGGCUGAAGCUACCAUUCCCUUGGUUCCUGGGAGAGAUGAGGAUUUUGUGGGUCGAGAUGAUUUUGAUGAUGCUGACCAGCUGAGGAUAGGAAAUGAUGGGAUUUUCAUGUUAACUUUUUUCAUGGCAUUCCUCUUCAACUGGAUUGGGUUUUUCCUGUCUUUUUGCCUGACCACCUCAGCCGCAGGAAGGUAUGGGGCCAUCUCAGGAUUCGGACUGUCUCUCAUUAAGUGGAUCCUGAUUGUCAGGUUUUCCACCUAUUUCCCUGGAUACUUCGAUGGUCAGUACUGGCUUUGGUGGGUGUUCUUGGUUUUAGGCUUUCUCCUGUUUCUCAGAGGAUUUAUUAAUUAUGCAAAAGUUCGGAAGAUGCCAGAAACUUUUUCAAAUCUUCCCAGGACCAGAGUUCUCUUUAUUUAUUAAAGAUGUUUUCUGGCAAACGCCUUCCUGCAUUUAUGAAUUUCCUCUCAAGAAGCAAGAGAACACCUGCAGGAAGUGAAUCAAGAUACGGAACAGAGGAAUAAUCACCUGCUUUAAAAAAUAAAGUACUGUUGAAAAAGAUCAUUUCUCUCUAUUUGUUCCUAGGUGUAAACUUUUAAUAGUUAAAUGCAGAAUUCUGUAAUCAUUAAAUCAUUAGUAGUUAAUGUUUGAAAACACUCUUGCAAUCAAGUCUGUGAUGUAUUAAUGCCUUAUGUAUUGUUUGUAGUCAUUUUAAAUAGCAUGAACCAUGUCCCUGUAGUCAGUAGGGGGCAACCUUGCUUUACUCACCCUCCAUCUCAAGAACAUGAAUUUGGAAUUAAGGAUUUUAGUGUAAGAUAUAAAGCUGGUUAUUUUCAAGGGGUUUUCUCAAAAGGUAAUACUUUCGUUACGAUUGUAUCUCUGCUCAUAAUCCAUAUUUGCUGUUAAAAUUAAUCUAGAAAUUUAUUCCAUUGUACUAUGUGUGAAUACCUGGAAGCAGAAUCAUAGUGUGAAAUACAUUUAAGGUGUGCUCAAAAAAUACAUUCUUAAUUGGUAAAUAAGCAUUAAUUUUUUAUAGUCUAUAUUCAAAAUUUUAAAGUAUCUCAUUGUUCUGUGGUGUAUACCUAAAGAAGAAUUUUAAAGUAUCUUAUGUUCUGUGGUGUAUACCUGAGGAAGAUACCUCAAAAAGCGAUGUUACUGCAUAAAUGGAAAGGACAAAGACAAGUACAGUGUAAUUACUAAAAUGUAAUUCUUGACAGUCUAUAUUUCCUGACAUUGCAUAAUUAAGAGUCUUAAAAGAUUAAGUAACUAGGAGCAAAGAAGGAACUAGCUUGGAAUUUUUGAGAUGAUCCCUAACAUACUGUACUACUUGCUUUUACAAUGUGUUAGCAGAAACUGAUAAAUUAGAAAUGUAGAAUGAUGUACUUUAUACCCAAGUAGCAGUUCACCUUGGUUUGCUAUAUUAAAACUGUAAAUACAACAGAACAUUAAUAAAUGUUUCUUGUGUAGCA